AAAGGCACAGCCCUAACGUGUCUGACAUGCGAUAGCUCUGCUCGACUGUUCUCGGCUGGUCAUGAAGACUAUUGGUUUGGGAAGCUUCAGUUGUACGGCGGUGAGUUGGUUUGUGAAGCUUCAGUUGUACGGCGGUGGUGAAGCUUCAGUUGUACGGCGGUGAGUUGGUUUGUGAAGCUUCAGUUGUACGGCGGUGGUGAGGACGAAAGUCCCCCACUGUAAAUUACACCCACUUCCCCUUACGAGCGCCACUGAGCAGCCGCAUGGGAAACAUCAUUUAAAACCUUACUUGGCAGGCGGGGCGGUGAUUCGCGGAAAUUUCAACACGCGUGUGGCUGGUAACCUGCCCUAUAAAGCCUAAACGAUGUCCGUCCGUUAUUCUUCAGACAUUUGAAUAUGGAGCCCGACCAGUGUAGCACCGUUAACUACUCCGACAACAACUGUGUCUUCUGCAGGAUCGUCAAGGGAACAGACGCGGAAGGAGCGGACACGGAGAUCCUAUGCCAGGAUGAGGAGUGUGUGUGCUUCAGAGACAUUGACCCCGCGGCCCCCCAUCAUUACCUGGUCGUCCCACGAAGACACAUAGAGGACGUCACGCAGCUGAGCUCAGAGCAUGCUCCCCUGGUCGUGAGGAUGGCCAACAUGGGAUUGACAGCACUGCAGGCCAAUCACUUCAAUGAUCUGAAUGACAGCAGGUGA